GAGCAGAACCAUUUAUUGAUUGCCAGUGUACAACUACCAAAUGAUUACACCCAGUUUGACGCCUCUCAUUAUGAUGGGGAAAAGGGAGAGUUUGGAGGGUUUGGUUCCGUCAGUGGUAAGAUAGAGAUCGAGAUAAAGAUCAAUCAUGAAGGUGAAGUUAACCGAGCCCGAUACAUGCCACAGAAUCCUUGUAUCAUAGCAACUAAAACACCAUCCAGUGACGUACUGGUGUUUGAUUACACAAAACAUCCUUCUAAACCAGAUCCAAAUGGGGAGUGUACACCAGAGCUGCGUUUAAAGGGUCAUCAGAAGGAAGGCUAUGGUUUGUCAUGGAACCCUAAUAUGAAUGGUCACUUAUUGAGUGCAUCCGAUGAUCAUACAAUAUGUUUAUGGGAUAUAAAUACCAACCCAAAAGAAGGACGAGUCAUUGAUGCAUUCACCAUCUUUACAGGGCACACAUCUGUUGUAGAGGAUGUGGCCUGGCACUUGUUACACGAGAGUUUAUUUGGAUCUGUUGCUGAUGACCAGAAACUUAUGAUAUGGGAUACACGAUCAAAUAACACCAGUAAACCCAGUCACACAGUAGAUGCACAUACUGCAGAAGUAAACUGCCUCUCUUUCAACCCAUACAGUGAAUAUAUCUUGGCAACAGGAUCAGCAGACAAAACAGUUGCAUUGUGGGACUUGAGGAAUUUAAAACUCAAACUUCACUCAUUCGAAUCUCACAAGGAUGAAAUUUUCCAGGUUCAGUGGUCACCCCAUAAUGAGACUAUAUUGGCAUCUAGUGGUACAGACAGACGGCUUCAUGUUUGGGAUUUGAGUAAGAUUGGCGAGGAACAGUCAGCUGAGGAUGCUGAAGAUGGACCACCAGAGUUACUGUUUAUUCAUGGAGGGCACACUGCAAAGAUAUCAGAUUUCUCUUGGAAUCCUAAUGAGCCGUGGGUGAUCUGUUCUGUAUCCGAGGACAACAUCAUGCAAGUCUGGCAGAUGGCUGAGAAUAUUUACAAUGACGAGGAACCUGAUGCACCGGCCGGUGAUCUGGAACAAUCUGCGUCUUAAUAAUUAUGACAUUAUUGAGGCAGUAGUAUUUAUCAUCUUUACAGCGAAGUAUGGUGUGACAGUUAUAAAUCUCACCUUGUUUCAUAACAACUUCAAAAAAAAAACUUGUUAGGUUUUGUUAUCGCUUGAAGAAUUUAUGUCAAGCAACUUUUAUGCAACUUUUAUAUAAGACAAAUAUUGGGACAUUUCUAUUGGUAUAUUGGAAUAUGAAAUUUUCAAAUCAUUGUUUGCCUAUUCAUGGAAAGCACUAUAAUAUUAUUUAAUAAUUAUGUAUCAGUUAAAUAGAAUUCCUUCAGAAAAGAUAUAAUGAUCUGGUGGAUAAUAUUUGUUCUGUUAAUAUUUGUCUUUAAUAAAAUGAGCCGCUUCACGACAAAACCAACCAGCAUGGAUCCAGACCAGCCUGCGCAGUCUGAUCAGGAUCCAUGCUGUUCGUUGUUCCCUUAUGAACCCUAUUACAAGUAGAGAAACUGAUAGCGAACAGCAUGGAUCCUAAUCAGACUGCGCAGGCUGGUCUGGAUCCAUGCUGGUCGCAAACGCACUAUGUUGGUUUUGUUGUGACGCUGCUCAAAUGUCUUGUAAUGGAGGAGAAAGCUGAAACAAUGAAAAUACACACUCUGCAUAUUUACUGAGAUAUUUUGUGUUAUCAUAGAAUACAUGUAUAUAUGGACCUUUUAAUGAAUUCUUCAUGUAAUAAAGUUCAUCAUGGGACAAAAAUGGACUUAGUGAAUUUAUGUUGUGUUGUUAAUUGCAUUAUCAUGUCUUCAGCAAAUUGUGAAUAAAUGUAUAGACCUUAA